AUGGCUAGCGGUUCCCGAAAGAGGCGGUUAGCAUUAACUACCCACGCGGAUAGCGGCCUUCUUUCCCCCACUCGCGCUCUUUCCGCCCCCCACACCCCCGCCUCCACCCCUCCUCCCUCCGCCUCCCCGCUCCGCCCGUGCUCCUGUAACUUCCACGUGCUGGGCGCAACCGGUAACGUCUACACGGUUACCAUUUCGCAGCAGCCGUCGUGCACGUGCCCAGACUACGGCAAUGGCAACCUGUGCAAGCACGUGCUCUUUGUGCUGCUGCGCGUGCUGCAUGUGGACGAGGAGGAUCCGCGCGUGUGGCAGCGCUCGUUGCUCUCUACCGAGCUAAACGAGCUUCUGGAUAGGAUAGACGCGCUGGAGAGGACAACACUCGCUGUUGCUGAGGAGGGUGAGGAGAUUCUAGCGAGUCCGGCUGUAAGGGAGCAGUUUGCACGCAUUGCAGGGGGGCAGCCUGGUUCUGGUGCUCUGGGCUUGACUGAUUUGAAUUCCAGGAAUGAAGGUGGCAGUCAGGCUGCAGUUGGGGGGACAGGCCAGAGGCCAAAGCAGCGGCCGAUCGAAGGGGACUGUCCCAUCUGUUACGAGCCUCUGGGAGGGGCAGGCGCAGGGAAGCGUGGUGGUGGGAAGCCAGCAGAGGCGGUGGUGUUUUGUCAGCGCUGCGGUAACAACGUCCACUCGGACUGCUUCUCUCGUUGGAAGGCUGCCAAGAGGGGCGGCAUGGUGACGUGCGUUUGGUGCAGGGCUCCGUGGGGGGAUGGGAGCACGGCGCACAGGGCUAGGGCACACCAUGACAGGGAUUCUGAUAGUGAUGAUUAUGAGGACGAGGAGGGGCCUCAAGAGUAUGUCAAUCUGUCGCAGUAUUCUGAGGCUCACAGGAGUGCGGAUGCCAGCUUGGAAUCUCUGUAUCCAGAUACACACAUGUUCUUUGGUGGAGGAAGGAGGAGGCUGAGGCGGCCGUGGUGGUAG